AUGUUUGACCGAAACGAUGGCCAGUCUUUGACGAUGCGCCAGGCCGGCCAGCAGCAAUAUCAGCAGGAAUCAGGAUCGAGCCGUUCGAGUAGCGGGAGCGAUGGAAGGAGCGCCCGUCGCGGCCAGCCGCAUCAAAUACGUUCGGCUAGGCAAUCCAGUUCAACUGUUGUUCCAGCGUUUACCAUCCGUUCGGCAUCGCAGAGCCGCGUCCAGCCUCCGAAAAGGGUCAACGUUUUUGCCGAACGACCUAGCCCUUCACUGGCCUUCCGGCGGAUUUACCAAAGAGGCGAUCUGCCCGUCUGCAUCGUCCACGAAAGUCGUCUCUAUCGACUCGGAUGGAAGGUGGAGUUGGAUACCCUCGACUAUGAACACUACCUGCCUCUCUUUCUGGACGGACUUUGCGAGACUCAACAUCCGCACGAGUUCUUGGCACGCAAAGGUGCCGAGGAUCUCAUUACCAGGGCUCCGGACCGGGUUACUCCGCUUCUACCUGUCAUCAUUCCACCUUUAAGACGAGCAUUAAACACUCGCAAUCCUCGUGUGAUCUGUUCGACAUUGAAGAUAAUCCAGUUGAUUGCCACCUGUUCAAAGGAGUCCGGCCGUGCGUUCCUACCUUAUUACAAAUCAUUAUUGCCCAUUCUCAACUUGUUUAAAUCAAUCAAUCUCAAUCAGGGCGAUGGAAUCGAUUACUCGCAGCAGAAGAACUCCAAUCUGGGCGACUUGAUCCAGGAGACGCUGGAAAUGUUGGAGAAAAGUGGAGGAUCUGCCGCCUUCGUCCUCAUCAAGAAUAUGAUCCCUACUUAUGAAUCCUGCGUUUGGAAAUGA